AUGAAGUUUCUUUUAUUAAUACUGGUUUUUAAUUUAUUAGUCAAAGCAACACCAAUUACACCAAUUAAACAACAAAUAUAUAUCAAUUUCGAGCUUAUAAAAAGUGAUAUUGGAUUAUUCUACAUUGAAAAUUUAAAUCUUGGAACACCAAAACAAAUAUUAAAUAAAGUUGAAAUAGAUACCGGAUCGUCAGAUUUCAUCCUUGCUAAUGAUGAUUACAAUCCAUCAAAAUCAAGUUCAGUUCACAACACGUUUGAAAUAUUUACAACUUCAUAUGGUUCUAUUUCGCCAUUCCAAUUUUAUAAAAUUUAUGAUACUUUAAGUUUUAAAAAUUUUGAAAUUGAAAAUUAUCCAGUUGGAUUUGCACAAAAUGUUUCACUGGAUUAUUUUGGUAAUUUUAAUGGUAUUUUAGGAUUAGGUACUGGUUUAUUAGAAGCUAUGGAACCGAGCUAUUCCAAUUUUCCAAGACAAUUAAAAGAAUCAGGGUUAAUAGAUUAUAUAUUAUUUUCAAUUUAUGCGCCAGUUAGUGGUAAUAAUACAAUUUUAUUCGGUGGGAUUAAUUCAGAUGUUUUUCAUGGUCCAUUGAUUAAAAUUCCAAUUAAUUUUGCAAUUGGUCAAACUUCGUCAUUUAAAAAAUAUAAUUGGUCAGGUAUAACUAUAAAUGGGAUUAAAAUUGGUGAUACGGUUGUUUCGAAUGAAAAUUCAUAUUUUGAAAUCGAUACAGGUGCUACUACAUUUGUCCCACCUGAUAAUAUAGCAAGAAAUAUAUUACAAUUAUUAAUUGAUGAAUCAAAAGGUGAUUAUUUAUUUCAAGAUAAUUCAGAUGGUGGUUAUUAUUAUUUUAGAAGAGAAUUGGUGGGUGAUUUAUGGAUUACAUUUAAUGUUCAAGGGUAUAUUUUAAAAUUUCAAAUUGAUGAUCUAUUAUUAAAUGAAACUGCAGGUGAUAGUAUUAAUCAAAAUGGAAAUACUUAUUGUAUACUUGAUAUGAUGUUAGGUUAUCAAUUAGGCUUAAAUACUAAUGUUCAAACUAUUCCAAAUCAUGUAUUAAAAUAUAGUUAUAUCGUUUGGGAUUAUGAACAAUUUGCAUUAUAUUUUGCUGAUUUGAUUGAUUUGAAUGAUAAACCAGAUACUAAAUCAAUUGUUGAAAUUAGAGAUAAUCAAUGGCCUAUUUCAACUACUACUGCUCCUGAUGCUACAAAUACUUAUACUUCAUUCUAUUGGGCUUCUAACGAUGUUAGUAUUAGUGGGAAAUAUAGUUUAACUGUUGCUGGAGAAGAAAAUGCUACUUCUGAACCAAUUACCACCACUACAAGUUCAAGUUCAAUUGCUACUGGUGGUUGUUACGCUAUACCAACUUGA